GAACGAACUGCAGACGAAUGUUUUGUUAGUCCUGUGCAGUUUCAGAAAACUUAUUUGUCUCGGCCCAAGCACAGCGAGUGCUCAAACGGUGAUUGAUAAGGAAAGUGCCCACAAAUAGUUCCUGCUUCACAACUGCCUGUUCCCCGCGAGCGUUGGCAGAGGCACGCUCCCUGCAGAGCCGAUCAUCAUGGAUUGGGCACCAAUGUGGUUCUACACAAAAAUCUCCAUUUGGACGGCGAUUGUAGCAGUCCUCGUCUACGGACUUUUUAGACUGCUCAAGUGGCGCCAGAAGACGUUCUCAUACUUCAAGGAUAUCGGAAUAAAUGGCCCAAAGCCCAACUUGCUCUGGGGAAACUUAGCAGAAUACCACGGAAAGGGUCUCGUAAAAGCCCUGACAGAAUGGUGCAACAAGUACGGAGACGUGUUCGGUUUCUACAACGGUGACGUGCCAACAUUGGUGAUAAAGGACAUCGACUUUCUGACAUAUAUUUUUGUGAAAAACUUCCAGGACUUCACGAGCCGAGGGGUCACCAUGAGGACGGACGAAGAGCACAGCUUCCUGGGACAAAGUCUCCUCCAUGCACGCGGGCUCCAGUGGAAGCGGACUCGCAGCUGCGUUUCCUACGCCUUCACGGCCAACAAGUUCAAGCAGAUGGUUCCGUACAUGACACAAGUGGCCGACAUAUUCGUCCAAAUACUGGGUGAGAAAGCGGACGAUGGCAAAGAGUACCCGAUGCUGCGUCUCUUCCAAGGCCUGACUAUGGACUACGUGGGUCGGGCUGCGUUCGGCUUUGAUUGCACUUUCCAGCGUGAGCUCACGCAUCCGUUCCUUAAGACAGCACAGAGCGUACUGCCUGGUGUCAUGACCGGUCCUUUGCACAUGCUUGCCCGUGAUACUACGACGAUGUCUAAGUACAUGGCGCCAAUCCUUUGGUUGAACGAAAAGCUUGGCUCAUUCACUUAUGACAUAUUCAACAAACACACAUCUAAGGUGAUUCAGCUUCGCAUGAAAAAUCCCGAGGCAAAGAAGCCGGACAUGCUGCAGACGAUGCUUGAUGUUGAGAGUGAGGAAGGGGAGCUACCGGAAGCACCGCAACUCCUCGAUGCUGACGCGAAGCUUUUCAAAAGAAUGAGUCCCGAAGAAGUUGGCAUCAAUACUACCAUCCUCUUCAUCGCUGGCUUCGAGACAACAGCCACGGGGCUAAGUUACCUCGCCUACGUUCUCGCCAAACAUCAGGACGUCCAAGAAAAUGUCCGAGAGGAAGUGAAAUCUGUUAUUCAGCGCUAUGGAAAACUGGAUUACACGGCAAUAACGCAAGGCCUAAAAUACUUGGCCAGAGUUGUGGACGAGACCCUUCGCAUGUUCCCGCCCGUCGUAACUUUCACAACCCGAAUGGCAGUUAAUGACUUUGAGUAUAACGGCAUCAAGUACAAGGCGGGUACAAGCAUUAUAUCACCAACAAUUCAGAUCCACAUGGACCCUCGCAUCUGGCCUGAGCCAGAAAAGUUUGACCCCGACCGGUUUUCGCCAGAGGACGUUGCUGCAAGGCCAACAAUCGCGUACCAGCCAUUUGGUGAUGGCCCACGGAACUGCAUCGGCAAGCGUCUAGCGCUUUUUGAAAUCAAAUACACGGGUGCAAGAAUGGUGGAGAAAUUCAAGCUGACACAUAGGAGAGUCACAGAAGGAUCGUAUGAAUUUCGAAUUCGAUGCCAUGCUCUCAUCGCCUGGUGACGGCCCCUGCACUGUGUUUCACCAACUUUGAUGGAACAGGGUCAACAACAAUCUACACCCCUAUGUACAAGGCGUUUCAAUUUAGCUGAGAACAUAAAUAUGCAUACCUGCCAACCUGUGGAUAUCAAAUUAUUUUUAAAUCUGUCACACAUGACAAUGAGCGAGAAAUGGGAGAGCGGGAGGAGAGGCGUUCCUUUUUUAGUACACUACUAAAGAAAAAAUAUUAAGUCGAGUUAGACUGAAACAUAAGGCUUCUGUGAUGACGAAUUGGUCAUUCGUAGUGAGAACAGCUACGGAGUGGGGCCUAACGGUCGGGGCGCGGAGGAUCGAAGAAAAACGACUUCCUUGUACUGGAACCAAACAACGACUGACUAUAUUCAACCAGCAGAGAGGAGGGGGGAACACGGUGCGGUACACUGCACCAACAGACUUCACCGAAAUGUCAUAACGCAACAUUGAGCGCAGGGUGGCGCUAGUGAUCAGACACUUUGAAAACGAAACUGAGAUCGCAACAUCACCACUCCCGUAAAAGAAAAUGAACUAUCUCUCCACGCUUAAGAAAAGCAUUAGUAGUUAAAGACAACACCAAUGGCUUACGCAAGAAAAAUGCAGCAUACCACGUAUUGGCGACUCCAAGUAAAUGCUCGCUGCCUAGCGGCAGCGCCGAGAAACAUCCGAUCCAAGUACAGGUUUCGAGCGAAAGAGUGUGUGCUAUCACGGCAUGCGCUGAAUGCCUCGUAGUUCCCAAAUUCACUUCAUGCCGCCGCGCACGAGGCCUAAAAGGAGAAAAGACGGAUGUCGAAAUACUUUUGUUCUGUACUAUUAUGCGCGUCAUUGUGGUGGAAAGACAGUAAUAUGAUUUCAUUGUUUCUAGAAAGAAGCAGAAUACACUCUUCAGAAAGCGACUUAGAUAAGUAACUUCCGCAUUGGGAAAAGGUUACCGAUACUAUACCGGUUUGUUCAAAACACUUCACUAGAGUCGACUUCUUCAUUUCCGGCGAGUGAAGCAACGCUUUAUUUUGUUUAUAUUAAAUACCUUGAUGGCGUUUCCAAUCACGGAGUGUAGUCUGUUCAGGCAGGCGCUAUAAUAAGUUAGUGAUGCACGCUAAGCUUCAUUUCGAUUUGUUCGUUUUACAGUUUUCUGCUACAGCAUUAGUGCUAAUAAUGCUUUACGUACCAGGAAUAUUCUCACUAAUAUACUGUUGUCUUCAGGCACGGUAGCACGAAUGAUAACUACCUCGGAAGGACUGAAAUUGAUCAUGACCCAUGCUAUGCCGCGAGGUGAUAUAUCCUUUUUAUAGCAUGCUUUAUAUUUGGUGCAAACAUAAGAUGCUGUUUUCUCAUUCAACGCUGUGAUUUGUCAGUUUAUUAAAUCGCAAGAAAUUUAGAACCAACUGCAAACAGCACUCGUUCCAGCUCCAGAGCGUUGUACCUGCGCACGGCGCCACUAUAGUUUGCUUUCCGACACUGCACGCAGCUGAAUUCCGUUACAAUUGGUUCAAUUCGUUUCCAAAUCAUGCAUUUACACUACUACAACCCGCAAAAUUUUGGAAACCUGUUGGAACAAAACUGUACUUGGUCCGAUUGGUUGUUAUUCAGUUCUCACGUUUCACUGGGUUUGAGAAUUUGUACGAGUGGCAGGUGACUGCUGUGUUCCCAGGUCAGGGGCCUACCACGAACACUGCGUACUGCGAGCACGAACAAGCGCCAGUCAUCGGACGCAGACAACUUUGACACACGUGUCAGCUAACUAUAAAAAGAAAGGUGCACCCCGACUCACAAACGGAACUAUCAGUUGUUUUAGACAAAGACACACUGACCAUGUAACUUUACAGUAUUAAGCCUCGUUCUAUCAGUGUAGAAGAUCCGUAUUUAGCUGCUGAAAGCAUGACAGACGUUCCUGCCUAUAUAGCGUGAGAUGCUAUAUCUGACAUACUGCAGCGCUAGUCGCAGUGCGGAGUUGCCUAUGAAGGUCGAAAACACUCAAGUAUCGUACUUGUAGGAGUGGAGCAAUGACGCGAACAAGUGCCUGCACCUUUCUAAGAAGCUCGCUACGCACAAACACAUGAUUUUUUUUAAACUUCGGCUGGCUUGAAAGGCUCUUUGUUUUUAAAAAACUCUGAUGCGUCUUGCUGUGCAGGCCGGCCGUUUGCACGCACAACACAACUAUUUCCGCGAUUUCGUCGGUGAAAUCCUUGAAACCGUUCUAAAUAAACUGAUCGGGAGCAACGGUCCUUUCAGCUUCCUCGAAACACCUCGAUUCCACGCCACAAAGGAGAUACGUGACCACAGCACCAAGCGAAAGAGCCGCGGUGGACCUGGAUGUCGUAGCCAUCUUUGUUUAUUUCGACAGUGUUGCCAGCAGAAGUCGAGGAUUCUGCAUUUGCCAAUGAAGAAUGGAUAGCCAGGCUAGUGGAAAACAAGUUCAUGCUUGGAAAACAAUGAAAGAGUUGGUUCAAGACUAUCACAUUUCAAAAACUGUUGUUCCUUUUUUUUACAAACCCUAUCUUUUAUUACCGGAAGGGGAAAUUAAUGGCUUGCCUUGUAGCUGAACGAAUUGUCGACAAACGCGUGCAUGCUCGGCUUUGUCGGGGAAAUUCUAUAAUGUCAUUUAGAAUGACGACUGCUUGACUUAUCAAGUCAAUAUUUUUGCUAGCUGCUGUCCAUGACCUCAUUUUGUCUUUCCUGUACGUGUUAGCCCUUAGUGUAUAAUAUGCAUUGUUUGUUUUGUAUUUACAUUCUGCCCACCCCCUCAUUACAGUGCCUAAAAUAUACUAUGUUAUUAUUGUAGGCACUGUACCCUCUGUAACGCUUUCUGUGCCUUGAGGGUAUACUAAUAAAUAAAUAAAUAAAUAAAUAAAUAAAUAAAUAAAUAAAUAAAUAAAUAAAUAAAUAUGCGUAUCGCUGC